ACUCUCUUUACUGCUCGUCCAGACUUCACUUGCGAACUACGCACAGAGCAACCGCCUGAUCUUUUCAACACACUCAACCAGAGAGUUCCUUCGAUACUAUCAAACAACUUCCGACGUAGAUAUCUCUCUUGAAAAUCUCUUCGGACUGUAUAAAGGAGAGCCGGGGUUUUCUAUAAGGAUGCAAUCGGUUGUCUGUCUUUUCGGUGCCUUCAUAGCAGCCGCUGUGUUUCAUCCAGGGAGCUGUGUGGAGACGGUUAUAGGUCUGUAUGGUGAGACCAUUGAAGUGCCAUGCAACAAUGGAACUAACAAGCCAAAUGGCCUUAUUUUCACCAAAUGGAAAUACGUGAAAGAUGACGGCUCUCCCGGCGAUCUUCUCGUGAAGCAGGCUCAGAAAGAUGAGGCAACUGUAUCCGCCACAGACGGCUACAAAAGUAGAGUUAGCAUCGCUGCCAACUCCAGCCUCCUGAUUGCCCGAGGCUCACUGGCCGACCAGAGAGUUUUCACCUGCAUGGUGGUGUCUUUAACCAACUUAGAGGAAUACUCUGUGGAAGUGAAAGUUCACAAAAAACCAUCAGCCCCUGUAAUCAAAAACAAUGCGAAAGAACUGGAAAACGGCAAACUGACGCAGUUGGGGGAAUGCGUGGUAGAGAAUGCCAACCCACCAGCAGAUCUCAUCUGGAAGAAGAACAACCAGCCCCUAGUGGAUGACGGCAAGACGAUCAUUAUCACGUCUACUAUCACCAAGGACAAAAUCACAGGUCUGUCCAGUACUUCUUCCCGUCUGCAGUACACAGCCAGGAAAGAGGAUGUAGAAUCUCAAUUCACCUGCACAGCAAAGCAUGAGAUGGGCCCCGACCAGGUUUCAGAACCCGAGACCUUCCCAAUUCAUUACCCUACUGAGAAUGUGAGUCUACGGGUUGUUUCUCAGAGCCCUAUUAGGGAAGGUGAUGAUGUGACACUGAAAUGCCAGGCGGAUGGAAACCCACCUCCUACCAGCUUCAACUUCAACAUUAAGGGCAAGAAGGUCACGGUGAUGGACAAGGAUGUUUACACUCUGACUGGCGUUACCCGAGCGGACACUGGCAUUUACAAGUGCUCCCUGCUUGACAACGAUGUGAUGGAGUCCACUCAGUUAGUCACCGUGAGCUUUCUGGAUGUAAGCCUCACUCCUACAGGCAAGGUGUUAAAGAAGCUCGGGGAAAACUUGAUGGUGUCGUUGGAUAAGAACGCCUCUUCUGAAGCAAAAGUGACAUGGACUAAGGAUAACCGUAAACUAGACAAACUGCCCAACUUCUCGAAGUUGACAUAUAGUGAUGCAGGCCUCUAUGUGUGUGACGUGUCCAUUGAAGGAAUCAAACGCAGUUUGUCCUUUGAGCUUACUGUGGAAGGUACUCCUAAAAUUACAAGCCUGACAAAGCAUCGCAGCAAUGACGGCAAACACAAAGUCUUGACAUGUGAGGCAGAAGGUUCACCUAAACCUGACGUGCAGUGGAGUGUCAACGGAACUAACGAUGAAAUGUCAUAUGUCAACGGGAAGGCCACAUACAAACUGACCGUAGUGCCCAGUAAGAACCUCACCGUCAGCUGUCUUGUGACCAAUAAACUCGGAGAAGACACGAAGGAGAUCAGCGUGUUUUCUCUAUUUGAGGAGGACACGUCCAAACCAGAGAAAAACGAAGACGGCGCCGAGCAGGCCAAAGUGAUUGUGGGUAUUGUUGUUGGACUCCUUGUAGUUGCUGCUUUGGUGGGACUCACCUACUGGAUCUAUAUCAAGAAAACAAGACAAGGCAGCUGGAAGACCGGCGAGAAGGAGGCAGGCACUUCAGAGGAGAGUAAGAAACUGGAGGAGAACAAUCAUAAAGCAGAUGUCUAAAAGAGAAGAGAGCCGUCAAAGAA